GCAGGUGUGGGUCUGGGUGCUGCGCUUGCAGCCUCUUUUUUUUUUUUUUAAUUAAUUAGUCCCCCCUGAUUUUUCUUCGGGGGGGGGCCAGCACGCUUUGAACCGCUUCCCCCCCAGUGCGUCUCCAUAAAGGGAUUUGUCCGUGCCCGGAGCAGGACCGGGGAGGGGGGCUCGGCGCCCCUUCCCUCCCCGCUCUCGGCCGGGGGCUCGCGGCGCUGCCCUCUGGAUGCGUCCCCGCAGCCCCUGGCGGGAGGCAGCCGGGGUUGGGAAGCGCUGCCUCCGAGGAUUUACCGCCGCCCGGGACGCAGCCCCGCACAGCCUCUUCCUCCUUCCCCGCUGGGGCUCCGGCUCUCCGUGCCUCCGGCAUGGACGAGAAGUACCUGCCCGAGCUGAUGGCCGAGAAGGACUCCCUGGACCCGUCCUUCACCCACGCCCUGCGCCUGGUCAACCAAGAAAUUGAAAAAUUCCAGAAAGGGGAAGGAAAGGAAGAAGAAAAGUAUAUUGAUGUAGUCAUCAAUAAAAAUAUGAAGUUGGGACAAAAAGUUUUGAUUCCAGUGAAACAAUUCCCUAAGUUCAACUUUGUGGGAAAGCUUUUGGGUCCACGUGGCAAUUCUCUAAAGCGCUUGCAGGAAGAAACACUGACAAAAAUGUCUAUUUUGGGAAAAGGUUCUAUGAGGGACAAAACAAAGGAGGAAGAGUUGAGAAAAAGUGGAGAGGCAAAAUACUUCCACCUAAAUGAUGACUUGCAUGUUUUAAUUGAAGUUUUUGCUCCACCAGCAGAAGCAUAUGCCAGAAUGGGACAUGCAUUGGAAGAAAUCAAGAAGUUUCUCAUCCCUGACUACAAUGAUGAAAUCAGACAGGCACAGCUUCAAGAAUUAACAUAUUUAAAUGGUGGUUCAGAAAAUGCAGAAGUUCCAGUAGUUCGUGGAAAACCAUCUAUUCGUGCAAGAGGAGUACCGGUUCCUGCUUUGUCCAGCAGGCUGUGUCUGGGAACAUCUCUGCUCACCCCUGCCCCCACUACAAUGAAGUCAAAUAAGCAGCUGGUACCCUGUCCUGAGGAGGCAUUCUACAGAUUAGCCAAAACCAAGGGCCGUGGAGGAGUGCCUCCGCCGUCAGCAGGAGUACCAAGAGGGGCACCAGCACCCAGAGGAGUGCCUCCUAGUAGAGGACCAGUCAGUCGUAGCCGUGGACUUCUAGCACCCAGAGCGAGAGGGGUACCUCCACCUGCAGGCUACCGGCCCCUUCCACCACCUCCAGCACAGGAGACUUACGGUGAAUAUGAGUAUGAUGAUGGCUAUGGAACUGCUUAUGAUGAGCAAAGCUAUGAUUCCUAUGACAACAGCUAUAGUACUCAAGCACAGAGUGGAGCAGAUUACUAUGACUAUGGCCAUGGACUGAGUGAAGAAACGUAUGACUCUUAUGGGCAAGAAGAAUGGACCAACUCAAGACACAAGGCACCUUCUGCAAGGACGACAAAAGGAGUCUACAGAGACCAGCCAUAUGCGAGAUACUGAUUGUACUGUCUGAUGUUGUGAAAUAUCCAAUCUCCACCAGUCCUGUAUACUGUUCAAAGUAAUUUUUUCUAUGAACAAUCCCUUUUUAUUAAAUCAAAGCGCUUAAAAAUCUGAAUGGAUGGACUGAACUUAAAAUAUUUUGUUGAAAGAACGACCUGGACAGAAAGAUAUGUAAAACAAGGAACUUUGUUAUUUCCAAACUGUAUUUGAAAAAUAGGUGAUCAAAAAAAUAACCUUUGAUUAACUAGUGUUAAACUAGGUUUACUAAAUAUGUUAGUCCAUUCUUUUAACAUAAGCGUAACCUUUUAUUUUAAAGGUUUUCAACAAUUUAGUUUUUAGUCUUUAUUUUCAGUCAUUUGCUAGUUUUUCUCUUUGCAAACAUGCGUAAAAAGGGAAGCAAAUUACAAAUGCAAAUAAUGUGGUAUUUUGUAACUCAAGUCUUGAAAUGUUCUGUAGUGUUAAGCAAAGUUUUACCCUUGCUUGAUACUAAAUAAACUUUUGAAAGAAAAUCAGUGUGUGUGAGAUUAAUUUUAUGCUUUAUCUUAUAAUAAAACUCCAUAAAUAGUAGUAAACAGGGAGAAAUCCGUUUAACAAUGAUCAGCAUAAAAGGCUCACAUUAAACAUUGCACAACUUCUUAAAAAUGGUAUAAACCUAAAUGUACGUUUAUAUACUCACAGUAGAUAUAAAUGCUGUUUAAAGUAUCCAAAUGGUAUGGAUCUGCUUGAGUGCCACAUUAAAUCAAAAUAUUUUUGUAAAAAAUUGUUUAAAAUAGCAAAUGAAUUUUCUGAAAAAGAUGUGACUAGUUUUCAUCUUGUUGAGCAUUUUUUCACUAGUGCAACUUUGGAAUUUUUAUGAGAAUUUUGGUACGUUAAUGACCACCUCGCUCCGUGCUGGAAGCAAUAAACACAAAGCUUUUAAAGAC